AUGCUUCAAUUAACAGAAGAAGAAACUAAUAACGAGUUAUACGCGGCCAUGGCAUCAUCCUCAUCAAGCUCCUCUUCAAACUCUCCGUGCGCUGCCUGUAAGUUUCUGAGAAGAAAAUGCAUGCCAGGGUGCAUCUUUGCCCCUUACUUUCCACCAGAAGAGCCUCAAAAGUUCGCCAGCGUCCACAAGAUCUUUGGUGCCAGCAAUGUUACCAAGCUCCUCAACGAGCUCCUUCCCCACCAACGAGAAGAUGCUGUGAAUUCGCUUGCCUACGAAGCAGAAGCACGGAUGAAGGACCCUGUCUACGGCUGCGUUGGCGCCAUCUCCGUCCUCCAGCGACAGGUUCAGCGACUUCAGAAGGAGCUCGAUGCAGCCAACGCCAAUCUGUUGAGGUAUGCCUGUAGCGAAAUCCCUUCCGCUCUUCCUAUAACGACGGUGCCUUCGCCGGUUGUGUUAGGUGGCUACCAGCGGUUGGAUUAUGAAAGAGGUCCAGUGGUGGCCGCCAGCAAUGUUAAUAGAGACUGCAACGGCAGCGGCAGCUAUUUCCAGCCUUUAACACAUGCUGGACUGCAUCAGGUCCUGCUUCCCUAUCAUUCAUCUCUUCAAUGGAGUUCUAUUUCAGGCAAUCAACAGCUGAAAGAGAAUGGUGGUGAUGGUUAUGGUGACAUGGAUCGCAGUUAG